GCCGUCAGCUGACAGCUUGAAAGCUUCGACAGGCUCCGUGAAGUUUUGCAGUGAUUUUCUCCCCUUAAAUCGUCGAAAAUGGCCCUCAAUUCAGGUCUAAGUGCGAAACAAGAUGCGCUCGAGCAUGUAAUGGCAGUAUCGAGAGACUUUGUCUCUCAACCAAGAUUGACAUACCGUACUGUUUCUGGUGUCAAUGGACCGCUGGUCAUUCUUGAUGAUGUCAAGUUCCCCAAGUAUGCAGAAAUUGUACAGCUGCGCUUGGCUGAUGGCACACUUCGGUCUGGGCAAGUUCUGGAAGUCAGCAGUUCAAAAGCUGUUGUCCAGGUCUUCGAAGGCACGUCAGGAAUUGACGCUAAAAAUACCCUUUGUGAGUUUACUGGUGACAUUCUGAGGGCACCCGUGUCAGAAGACAUGUUGGGUCGAGUUUUUAACGGAAGUGGAAAGCCCAUCGACAAAGGACCCCCUAUUCUUGCUGAGGAUUACCUAGACAUUGAAGGUCAACCCAUCAACCCAUGGUCGAGAACAUACCCCCAAGAAAUGAUUCAAACUGGUAUCUCUGCAAUUGACGUCAUGAAUUCCAUUGCCCGUGGGCAGAAAAUUCCCAUCUUCUCUGCUGCUGGUCUUCCGCACAAUGAAAUUGCUGCCCAAAUUUGUCGUCAAGCUGGUCUUGUCAAGCUCCCUGGCAAAUCAGUGCUCGAUGACUCCGAGGACAACUUUGCCAUAGUUUUUGCUGCCAUGGGUGUGAACAUGGAAACAGCCCGUUUCUUCAAGCAAGAUUUCGAAGAAAAUGGUUCCAUGGAAAAUGUGUGCCUUUUCUUGAACUUGGCCAAUGACCCAACAAUUGAAAGAAUCAUCACUCCCCGUUUAGCCUUAACAGCCGCUGAAUUCUUGGCGUACCAAUGCGAAAAGCACGUUCUUGUCAUCUUAACUGAUAUGAGUUCAUACGCUGAAGCCUUGCGAGAGGUCUCCGCUGCCCGUGAAGAGGUACCCGGUCGACGUGGUUUCCCCGGUUACAUGUACACCAACUUAGCCACCAUCUAUGAACGAGCUGGUCGUGUUGAGGGCCGAAACGGAUCCAUCACUCAAAUCCCCAUUUUAACUAUGCCUAACGAUGAUAUUACUCAUCCUAUUCCCGAUUUGACUGGUUACAUUACGGAAGGUCAAAUCUACGUAGACCGUCAGCUGCACAAUAGGCAGAUCCACCCUCCGAUCAACGUGUUGCCUUCACUCAGUCGAUUGAUGAAGUCUGCUAUCGGUGAAGGAAUGACGCGUAAAGAUCACUCUGAUGUCUCUAACCAGUUGUACGCCUGUUACGCCAUCGGUAAGGACGUUCAAGCCAUGAAAGCUGUGGUGGGAGAGGAAGCCUUAACGCCUGACGAUUUGCUGUACCUUGAAUUCCUCACGAAAUUCGAGAAGAACUUCAUCUCGCAAGGUAACUACGAGAACCGUACCGUCUUCGAAUCCCUGGACAUCGGUUGGCAGUUGCUGCGAAUCUUCCCGAAGGAGAUGUUGAAACGUAUCCCAGCCUCCACACUGGCGGAAUUCUACCCCCGAGAUUCACGUCACACUCAGGCCAAGUAAGGCCUUCGCGAUUUCUCCUAUGUUGUUAUUAUUUUCUGGUUGUUAUGAUCAAACUGGCCAGCGGCAUUUUUUCCUGCAACUUCUGUUGUUGUUGUACCUUUUUUUCUUUAUCAUGUUAUGAUUGAUUCGUAAAUAAUUGCAAGUUAUAUCUUAGAUUUUAUUCAGAUAAGCAUGAUAUUGGAUUUUAUCUUGACAUUCCAUUCAUAUUCAUCUUAUUCCAUCGUUUCAUCAAUUUCGUUACAAGUUAGCCCUUGUUCUUCGUGUAAAUUAAAAGUUGUUGUAUCUUUAAAAUUCACAAAUUUGAGUAACGCAAGUUACAUUUUUGCAAGUAGUUAGAAACUUUGUACGUAGGUGGGUCAGGUACUUGUUAUUAAUCUGGCCUCUAAGAGCAGUAAGCAAGUUCUAUCGAAGAAAAAUGGAAAAAUCAUCGUUAAAUCUAUAAAUCGCGACAAUAACCUCCAAAGGAUAGGGAAUAUAUUUUUUACAUCCACAACUAUUUCGUCUAAAAAUUAGUGCUCAUUGGACAGUAAAAAGUGUUUCCUUCAACGCUUUUUCCACACGGGUAAAUUUCACGGCUCAACAAAUUCUGCACCCUCAGUUUCACUAACUAGUUUCAGGAGGGUUUAAACUAAUUUGAUGAAGUCAAUAGUCAAGUUAUUCUUGGACUGAACUUACAACUUUCAGAACUUCUUUGGCGGAGGUUUGCCGACGUGGAGGAAUCAUAACUUGUCCUUGUUUCAUUCAAAAUUCGAAUUUGAUUACUGUUUGUCAUCAAAACCUAAAAAUUUUAAAAUAAUACUUUUGCUCCGAUCGCUUACCAACAUAGUAUUAAUAUUAACUUUAAUUCAUAAAAAAUUAGACUUAAAAAUAGAUAAAAGUUUCCCAGUCAAAUCGCUGUUUUUGUAAUGUUGAGUGUGUGCGAUGUUUAUUCUUGUUGAUCGUGUUUUAGAGUAUUUUAGAUGAGAUUUUUAGUGGAAGUCAGUAUAUUCAAGCAGCUUUUAUCGAUCUUCCCCGCUCCCUUAAAUCCACGAUUUGUACGGAUUGUAUCAUUAGCAAUUUUUUUCACCUCCCUCCAAGCCUCGAUUUGUAAAUAUAUUACUCACUUUGGUUAAAAUUCAAUUGUUGAAUUUAAAGAGUCAUUAAUCUCUUCUUAUCAUCGAUUCAAUGUGUGUGAUUAUAAAUUUCAUCCCAUUAGUUUCCUGAAAGUUCAUUAAUGACUUAUCAAGUGUGAAUCAUUGUGCUACUCGGUAAAAUCGAAGACCAAGGUAAAAGCUUGCAUGACUGCCGACCGGCAAUUGUAUUUCCAGUCUUGAGCACUUAGUUUAUGGGUUUUUUGUUACUUCUCUCUUUGAUUCUUCAGUAUUUGUGGACUAAAAAAUAUUUUUUGUUCACGUUUUUUUCAUUUACUGAAGAUUUUUCAAGAUCUUUCCUUUUGAGGGCCUUUUUCGAAAGCAAAAGCAGGUUCAUACUUAGCCAAGAGAUAUUGCAAAGUAUUUUCUCCGACGUUUUACUAAAGCAUUCAAUGCAAAAGAAUUGUUUUUUGAAUUUUGAAUACUCUUUUCACCUGUGUUGUUGCUUGAAAAGUACGCUUUCCGAAGCUGCUGUUGUCUGAUUGUAAGCCAAGCAUCUGAAUUGAAUUGUUGAGCUUUCGAUUCGUAAAAAUGCCUAAAUAUCUUGUUGCUCAAAAUUUAUUGGGACUUGGGCGAAUUGAAUUCUUUCCAUCAGUAUCAUCUUAGGCAGAUAUUUCAUGUACCAGACUGCAAUACUAUUGCCGCUUUAAGUAUCGUGAGCACUAACAUCAAUUGUUCGAGUACGUCUAAACACAACUGUAAUGUUAAAAACCCUCUAUGUAUUUACCAAAUUGUGUAAUAAAGUAAAUUUUAUUCUGUUAAA